CUCCUUCUCGGCUCUCGCGAAAAGCUUCCCUAGCUCCAAACUUAUUUCAUGUUUCGUGCAGCUGGCAGCACUUCAGACGAGUAUAACUGACUAUCCUCGCGCCUCGACUCCUCCAUUUUGCAGUCCUCUUGUCUUGCCUUGAUAUUUUCGCAUUUUGCCUUGCAUCUCACGCUCUCAAAAAACGCUCGAAAUGACUUCAGCCGCCCUCCCAGACCUCCUCAAAUGGAGCGUCCAGAAUUCCGAAGCAUCGCGUCAGAACGCAGAUGUGCCCAUCGCAGCUCCGCCCUCUGAAGGACUGGCCGCGCUUCUUGGCUUCCAUGUCGGAUCGGACGCCGAGAGGAUGGCGGACAAUUUGCUGAUAGUAAAAAAUGCGGCGGGAGAUAUCGGCCUCGAAGAUCGCAUCAAAGCAUUCGAAGACUUCCGAAUGUUGGUAGAGAAGCUGGACAACGCAAAUAAUCUUCCGAACAUUCAGCAAUACAAAGGAGGACCUCGAGGCCUGUGGACCCCGUUGCUGGAACAGCUGAACAGCGAGGAUGUCGAGAUCAGGUCGCUGGCUGCCUCUUGUUGCCAUGCUGCUGUACAGAAUGAUAUUAAGGCCCAGGAAAAGCUCCUCACUGUUGGUGGAAUUCCUACCCUGGUCCAACUGGCAACCACAGACCCUAACAAGGAUGUACGCAAGAGAGCCAUUCGUGCGCUCAACUCUACCGCCCAGAACUACCAGCCUGCCCUCGACGAUAUCAUUGCCCACCUUCCGGAUACCCACAAACCGAAAGACAAGAUCGAUGCAGCUGACGCAGACUCGUUGCUAUCUUGGAGGACGGCCUUGGAGUCCCAACUGACAUAAUUGAGAUGUGCUAUAACAACCACAAGAUAUUUCAAGCUGUGACUUAGAAUGAUAAUAUACAUGGCUAUUUUAAGAAUGCAUAUUCAUUCUUUUAGAUAUUUUAAGAGCCCUGUUUAGCCGUAGCAAAGUUUUGGUUUGUUUUGGCCCCCAAAAUUAGCUAUUAGGAAGAGCUAG